AUGCCCAGUGUGCCGCCUCCGGACCUACAGCAUCCUCCCAUGACGGAGCCCUCAUACUCUAAGGACGAGCUCGUCUCAGAGCUCACGUCCUACUACGAAUUCUUGACGCAGCUCUGCCUGCCUCCGGAAGUCAUCCAACACCCACCAGAAGGCGGCUGGGAGCACAUCACGCCCGAAUUCGUCGACUCCUUCUGCCUCGGCAGGAAUGACACCGUAGCAGACCUGAUGAAGCAUAUCCCAUAUAUCUGCCGCAUAAAGGAGGACGGCGAGGAACCGUGGUGA